UACUUUCGCGUCGGUUCGAUCGGUCAGUCGUUUGAAUUAGGUUAUUUUUCAUUGUUCACUUUCCAUUUAAUAGGAUAAUAUGCAGUUGCGUUAGAAAUUAGCAUUUACACGGUUGUUCUCGCAGCAGAAAAGUUACAUUAAACUCGGUAUAGGAUCAAUGACGUCAGAGCCGAAGCAACAUGUAGCCUAUAGGAUAUUCGAAGCAGAACGCGAACGUAGAAAACGAUUCAAGCGGAUUGGGUGUGUUUACGCGUUUCUCAAUGUGCCUCUAACGCGGCGUGGGAUGUGAACGAAAGUUGCGUGUCACGGGGAUAGCAGUUCUCUUCCUCUCGUUUCGAGCUCGUUUAUCUUGUCUUGCUCUUGUUUACGUUUCAACGGAUCGGUACACAAUAAUGCUACGGAUAUCGGGACGUGACUAAUAAUCCAUCGAAAACAUGGAAUGCGUUAAUUUGAAAAUCUAUGUAACGGUGAUCGUGUGUCUCUGUUGUUUGGGCGUUGUCGGCCAAUACGAGUGGCAAACCAGAGAUGCUUUCGAUGAAAUUCGCUUCAAAAUGGAUAAAAUCAACAAAGACAAUUGUCCCAUCCAACAUCUCGGGGACCUUUAUUUGCCAGAGGAUUCGAUCUCUCAUUUACCCGAUAUCAAAGAUAUAAACAUCAACCCUGUAUUUCCGAACAGGACUGCUUUGUUACAUCUUCAUAACAUGGCACUUGCUAGAUCAUUCUUCUGGAGUUACAUAUUACAGUCACGAUUCAUACGUCCAGCAAUCAACGAUACGUACGAUCCAGGCAUGAUGUACUACUUCUUAUCGACAGUCGCCGAUGUUUCCGCAAAUCCACAUAUAAAUGCUUCUGCUAUUUAUUUCUCCCCAAAUAUGUCCUACUCUCCAUCUUAUAGGGGCUUCUUUAACAAAACCAUGCCCAGAUUUGCACCAAGAACAUUUAGAGCUGACGAUUUCAACGACCAGAUACAUUUGGAGAGAAUAUCUACGAGAAACACGUUUACCGUACAGGAUCUUGGAGCGUUUGCAACCGACAGACUAAGCGAAGAUUAUACUACCGAUUAUUAUCGCAUAAACGAAUGGUACAAAAAGUGGUUGCCGGACAAAGUUGAGAAAAGACACGAUACUAAAACUACGUACCAAGUUGAAAUUCGAUACGCUAAUAACACUAACGAGACUUUUACAUUUCAUGGACCACCAGGUGCCGACGAAUAUCCUGGACCAGUGAAAUGGACUAGACCAUAUUUCGACUGUGGCAGAUCGAAUCGAUGGCUCGUCGCUGCAGUUGUACCCGUCGCGGACAUUUAUCCGAGACAUACAGGUUUUAGGCACAUAGAAUAUCCGACAUAUACUGGAAUAUCGGUAAUAGAGAUGGAUUUUGAAAGAAUAGAUAUAAAUCAGUGCCCCAAGGGGAAAGGAAACAACGGACCCAACAGAUUUGCAAACACAACGAGAUGCAAAACAGAAACCACCGAGUGUGAACCGUUACACGGUUGGGGUUUCCGUCGAGGUGGAUAUCAGUGCAGAUGUAAACCAGGAUUUAGGCUACCGACCGUAGUACGACGGCCAUAUCUUGGAGAAAUUGUGGAGAGGGCAACUCAAGAACAAUAUUAUAAUGGAUUCGAUUGUACCAAGAUAGGAUGGAUUCAUAAAAUGCCAGUACAAUGGGAAAAAGCGAAACCACAUAUUCGAGAAAAAUAUCUUGAACAGUUUUACCAUUAUAGAAAUUAUUCUGUGGGACCAGAAGCGCUGAGAUCCGAGAAAAUGAACAUUGAUCGAGCCCUUAAAUUUAUUUUGAGCGUGAAUUCACGAACUUGCAAAAGUUACAAGCAAGAAGAAUUAACAUUACGCGGAGAUAUAGAUUUCGGCGUGAAAGAGUUCUUCGAAAAUGAAGCGAAAAUGGCGACGAGAUUGGCAAAUUUUAUUAGCGCAUUUCUACAAAUCUCCGACCCCCAGGAAGUUUAUUCCGGCAAAAGGGUAGCCGAUAGACCCCUUACAGAGGAUCAAAUGAUUGGCGAAACUUUAGCUCUGGUCCUCGGGGACACGAAAAUCUGGUCUGCUGGAACAUUUUGGGAUCGUAACAAGUUCACCAAUAGAACCUUUUUUGCUCCGUACGCUUAUAAAACUCAACUAAACACGCGAAAAUUCAAAGUCGAAGAUUUAGCCAGACUGAACGAUACUGACCAAGUCUACACAAAGAAAAAUUACUUUCAAGUAUUGAAACAAAGGUGGGCAACAAAUUUCGACGAGCUGGAGAAAUAUUAUAUGAAAAUUAAAAUUCGGUACAACGAAACUGGAGAGUAUCUGAAAAAAUACGAACACUAUCCAGACUCUUACAGGGCAGCAAAUUUGAAUCACGGCCAUUGGACAACUCCGUACUUCGACUGUAACGGCAAAGUGAAGAAAUGGGUAAUUACCUAUGCAUCCCCAUUUUUCGGUUGGGACAGUUUGAAAGAGAAACUGGAAUUCAAAGGCGUUGUAGCUGUUACCAUGGACCUGCUUCAGCUGGACAUUAACCAAUGCGACGAUGUAUUCUACGCUCCAAAUGCGUUUAAGGGUACCCACAAGUGUGAUAAGAAAACAUCAUACUGCGUACCUAUUCUUGGCCGAGGUUUUGAAACAGGUGGAUACAAAUGCGAAUGCAAACAAGGUUUUGAAUAUCCGUUCGAAGAUCUAAUUACCUAUUAUGAUGGUCAAUUGGUAGAAGCUGAAUUCAAUAAUCUAAUCAACGAUCAAGAAACUAGGUACGAUAUGUUCAAAUGUCGGUUAGCUGGUGCUUCGUCCACCCAAAUUAGCUGGAUAUUGUUGCUUACCUCAGUAAUAUUGUAUUAUCUGAUUAGGCAUUAAUUGUACAACACGUAUUUUAGUAGACAUACGUUUUUCUAAUCCGAUUCCGUCCACCGACAUGGACUUCUAAUUCGACGCGUUUACGAUAGACUAGGAACAGUAUAAUCCGUCCAAAUAUAGAUACAUAGUUUUUAGCGUUAAUUUCGCUUUGAGAGACUAUAAUUAAUAUAUUGACACUCGAGAAACGUACGUACAUAGGAAUACAUAUUUAGAUAUUCUAAUAUUCAAAUGAUAAAACAAUGGUCGUUUUUUUCAAUACUGUGAACAAUUUUUAUACGAUUUUUAUAUAAUUUUUAUAUACAAAUUGCAUCACUGUUGAGACUGAUGCCAUAACAAACAUUGUCAUUAAAGAUUAUUAUUGUAAGUAUAUUUUAUACCUUUUAUAUAUUAAUAAUACAUCACGUGUACAAUCU